GAACUGGGACGGUGAAGCGGGUGCGGCCGUCAGCGUUUAUACACUCGCAAGCGAAAAGCCGACAUGGAGUUCACGUUGGCAGAAGCAGAGAGCAUUGACCUAGCUAAGAAGGCGGUGGCCGAGAUGCUGACGAAACCAGAAGACCUGGAGAAGCUAGAGCAGUACCGUCGGAAGGUGGCCAGGAAGAAAGCCACGGUGGAAUCCCAGCUCCGGAAUGCGGUCCAGACACAGUUGGAGGGUGUCCAGACCGGACUGGAGAAUCUUGGCGAGUAAGCCCCUCUCGUUAAUUGAAGAAAAAAACCGAGCUAACUAACAAAACCAUGGGGCCAUAUCUUCUCCAGGGCACAGAAAGUGAUAAGUGAAAUAAAGAUCAGUAUGGCUGAGGUGGAAGACGUCUUUCACGAGAAAGGGGCGGAGCUCUCGGAAGUUGUUCGACCAAUCAAAGAAGUGAACCGAAGACACCAGCAGGUUGAACAUAAUUAUACUCGACAACAGAUUUAAGGGAAUGUUUGCUCGUUGGCGAUUUGUUGUUUUGACGCAGUUGAAGACGACAAGCGAUCAUAUCCACAACAUUUUCAACGUACCGCAAGCAGUUUCCGAGACCCACGAACUCAUCAAGGAAGGGAAACUGCUGGAAGCUCAUCGCAAUCUGAGCGAGUUGGAACACACCCGCGACGAGCUACUGAUGCAGCUGUACCACGGAGACGAUGCCUACGUCGACAAGAACACAUCACUUCACCACUACUAUGAAGAGCUUAUUGGACUAUCAGGGAAUUUGGGGCAGAGUCUGUGGAUGAUAAUGAACUCCGCCACUCUCUUGGUGACAGAAAAUCCAACAAAGGUCGUGACGGCUCUUCGCAUCAUCGAGAGAGAGGAGAGGAUCGACACCAUGUUGGUAGAGACGUUGGAUCUGAAGGGAAUCCCUCCGUCACAGAUCCCAGGCCGACCCAAGAAAUGGAGAAGCAAGUGCAUCGAAAUGCUCGAGACCUCCAUCAGCAACAAAUUCGAGAGCCUGGAGACCACGUCGGAGCAGAGAAUAGAGAACAAGGACUGGUUGAUGGAGCAUCUCUCAGAGGUGGCCCGAACCUGCUACAUGGACCUACAGGCCAUCACAACUGCCGGCGUUCAAUGCUUCCCUCCCAGCUACGAUAUAGCCGCCUUCUUUAUCAAGAGAUACCAUCGAGGCCUCAUUGAAGUAAUAUGCCAACUGAUUGACAUGGGGCUAAAUGCCAGAGACAUCAUCACACUCAUGAUCUGGAUUGGAGACAUCAAGACCUCAUUUGCUGAGACACUAGGAGUUGACCUGCAGUCAGUAGGGCCUCUAAUGAAGACAGACGUCGAGACUGAUCUCCUGAAGACAUGUCACGGACAAGUGGAGUCGAAUGUGAGGGAACUAAUGGGGAACAUGGUAAAGACCGAACAAGAGGAAUGGAACAGCCAGCAGCCUCCCGAGUGCGACGUGAAAGGAAAAUAUUACACCCCAGUCGGGAUUAACCUCUUUCAGAUCAUUGACCAAAACAUCCAGGCUCUAGCUCCACUAGGCCUACCCACUAAGAUGAAGGUCCUGAAGAUAUGUCUCGGUGCACUGGACGAAUUUCAGCGGAAGUAUAGAAAUGCUCUGGAUGGGUAUUACAAAGAUGCAGUUGCCGGUCGUAUUGAGCCUCCUUGCUGUGUCCUCUACAUUAUUGCCAUAGCCAACAGCUGCAGAUCCUGCGUGGAGUUCACUGAGCAACUCAAGAAGAGGAUGUGUAUGGAGCUGAAUGAGAGCACAUUGGACAAGGAGUUUGAAACGGGAUUCAAGUCAGUGGCCGAGGAGUUCGACAAAAUAGGGCUUCACUGUUGUGAUAUACUAGUGGAUGUGUUAUUCACUGACCUCAAGAAAGUGCUCGGUGGACUAAUGACACGUGAUGCAUGGUUCAGCCAACCAAUGGUGCUGGUGGGUACUGUCGAAGGCACCAUACUCGACUUCAACGGAGAUUUCUCGAAACUCAAACCAGCCUACCAUACCUAUGUCAUAGUACAGUGUCAGCAGAGGGUCAUUGAGAGCUAUCUACUGGCGCUAUGCAGCAAGAGGAUGGUGUUGAAGAAGGACAAAGAGAGAGAGAAAGCUGCCGAGUACAUCGUCGACGAGUCGAGAAAGAUGAGCGCCAUGUUUCUGAGACUCUCUCAUGCCUGUAAUCCCAGAUACACACAACUCAUAGAAAUGAUGGCAGAAGUCAUCAAGUCCAAACAGGAGUACCUCCCACUUGACAUAUCAAGUUUGGCCAACAAACAUCGAGAGGUCAACGAAGGUCACGUGGUGGCUCUUCUUGCAAUGAGGGGGGACAUGAGCAAGGCACAAGUCACCAAGAUGCUGCAGUCCACUGUGCUGGGGAAGACAGAGGAAGAGGAGGAGGGGGAAGGUGCCAGACCUGGCCGCAGGAGGGAAGAGAAGAACAUUCUGGCUCAGAUCUCUGUCAAGAACCACUGGGGCUUGCUAAAAUGAACUUCACUUUUCAUAUCACCAUUUUACUGUUCUAGACAGCCCCAUAUAUACCCAUUUCCCUCUUUCAGUUGAACAAUGCUACGCACACUUAUCAGCGAGCAAUCCUGUAGACUGGUGUACAAUUUAGUCAUCAGUCAUCAUCGUCGUCAUCCAUGAGGUGCAACAGGGUCAUCUCUCCUUCGAUCCGACUUUCUUGUCCCCCGUCCCCCUCCCCCUUCUCCUCUCCCUCUUUCUGCAUCUUCAACACCGCCUCCAGAUGCGGGUUGGGGGCGUGGCUGAGCGAUGUACCAAACUCUAUCUCUUGUACCUCACUCUCACCUCCUCGUAAUCUAACGAGCACGGCACUGUGAGUGAGGUCAAAUGAAGGAACACAUAUGGUCAGUACUGACUGUCCAUCACACCCUGUGAUUCUGCCGCUCUGGAAAGACGGUUGGUUCCCACAGAAGUAGACGUGUGGACAUGUGUUCAUGAUGAAAGGGUCCUGGUCUUGAUAGGGGUAGCAAUUGAGGGUGUCGGGGGAUGUAGGGAGCAUGUGCCUCCAUUGGAGUGUGUUCUCCAGUAUCUCCAGUCUGUCAGUCAGCGACGAGAACUUGUAUAUGUCGUCAACAUUCUGACCUGAACAGCCCAUGAAUACCGUUCCCCCAAUGACUGUGUGGUAGGGGUUGGUGAGAGAGGAGAGGCGUCCCGUGGCUCUGGCCCGAGGGAACAUGCAGAGGUGGAGAGGUUGCUGGGGCAACUGGUAGUUGGCUGGGUCGUUGGCUCCUGGCAUUAGAUCCACAGGCACGCACGAUGUAAGUUGGGCCAGAAAAUUGUCCAUUUCUUUCACAGCUUCGACGGUGUCUG